UGUUUGUCUUCUAUUUUUCGUCCGUCGGGACGCCAGUGCUUACUGCCCUGGUGGCUUCGCACUUGCUACUUCCUAACUAGGCUUGCAGGGCAAUUCUCUAAUUACAUGAUUGCGUUUAGCAUAGCACCUGCACUUUUUCAGCCAGUCCCCGAGCACUUUACUCAUUUGAUGUAUAACAUACACUCUCGAGAUACUACUAAUAGAUCCAUUCAAAUAUACCGCACCAUCCAUCCAUAA